AAAGUUCACGCAGAGGCUUACUGCGCAUGCGUCUAAAAUGGUGGCAUUACCCCCAACAACUCGGGAAGUUGUGAGAUUAUCAUCAUAAUUUUAUCAAGCAAAAUGGGUUGUUGACUCUGGGACUUGUGAAAACGUUACACAGAGAGAAUAUCCUACUAAAACAGAAGCGGCAUCAUGACAGCUAACGAGGAUCAAGAGAUGGAGCUGGAGGCUCUUCGCUCCAUCUAUGAGGGGGAUGAGUGUUUCAAGGAAAUCAGUUCGGUGUCCUUUCAGUUUAGGAUAGGAGCGCUUGAAGACAAAAAUGCGUUCAUCCUGGACCUCACCUGGCCUGAGAUGUACCCUGAGACGGCCCCGCAAAUCUCCUUGGAUGCUUUUUUCAACAACAGAAUCUCUGCAGAGACAAAGCAGCUGAUCCUGUCAAAGCUGGAGGAGCAAGUGGAGGCCAACCUGGGCACCGCCAUGAUGUAUACACUGUUUGAGUGGGCCAAGGAGAACCAGGAGUCCCUCAUGGAGAACCACAAGCCUGUAGUCACCGCUGUGACAUCCAGCAGCGACGCGACGUCUGCCACAUCAACAGCCAAGAAGAGGGAAAAGAAGGAGCACCUGACUAAAUCUCAGAAGAGGAAGAUUAUCAGCAAAACAGAUAACAAAGGAGAAUUGCCAAGAGGUUGGAACUGGAUUGAUGUUAUCAAAGAUGAUCCUCCAGCAUCUGAGCAGAACGGGAGGAAAAGACGAUGAAUAGGCCCGAGAGCAGCUGUCUGGUGCUGCUUUAUACUAGGAAGCCUAGUGAAGACUGAACUCAGAGCAACCUGGUCUGCUCCUGCAAGACGCUUUCCCAUCGUUCAUCUUCAACAUUUAACACUCAACAUGGUUGCCGUCCCCUUGAGAAGCAAAGCAGGCUGUGUCAAGGUGGACUUCAGGACUCUCUCUCUCUCACAUACACACACACAUACAGUUCCAGCCACACUUAAUGUGUUCGUGGGAUGCAGCCAGGUGAAGAGGAACACAUCAUCGGCUUUUGUUGCGCACACAGCGCUUGGAUAUUCUGCUCACUCCAUCAGUCUCAAAUGAGGCCCUGGCAUGUCAAGCACGUCAGCUAAAUAGCUGUGGUUUAAACGAAUAUGUCAAAGUGCAAAGAAAUUGUUAACGGCAGGUAAACUUUUUUUGGACAAAUGUUUUCUUUCCUGAUUACAGUUUUAUUUGGAAAAUGUAAUUUAUAUAUGUAUGGAUAUAUAUAUAUAUAUAUAAAUAUACAAAUGAAAAGCUAAUUGGUCUAAUUUUUGUCUGAUCAUUUAAUUUACAUGGAGGAGAAUGGGAUUAAUUGAGUAGUGCAGCGGCAGGUUAGUAUUUAAGCCUCCCUUUUGUUUUUAGAGUUACAAACUUUGCUCUCCAGUCGUGAAAGCUCUCGGCAAAACUCACUUGUACUUACUUUAUCCUCAGGUAAAAUCCAUCUAGACAAACAGCUCUGGAACCAUGUACUAUUCAUCCAAUCCGUUUGGAAGUGAUGAGAAACAGGUAGGCACAGAAUUUAGGUACAAUAGAAGGUUUAGAGGAAUAGAAUAGACAUGUUGUUGGUCUUUUAUUUUCAAAGCUUAUUAAAUUGGACGCCACUGAGGUAAAUCGAUAAAAUAUUGUUUGGAGAGCACAAUAAUUGGUAGCUGAACAUAACUGCUGGAAUACACUACGUGUUGAUGUGAUGCUGACCACAGCUUAAAGAAUAAUUUAAAAUCCUAAGCAUAACUGCUGACCAAAGUGUAUAUGUGUGUAUAUAACAAUAACCAAUAUUGUAAAUAACCAAUAUUAUUCUGCAUCAAGGUAAAUGUGUGUGGCUGAAAAAUGGCUAUGUAUGUCUAUGCAAUAAGGAACAUGUAAUUGAGGCAGGAGACAGUUUCCUUGUUACACUGUCGUAAUUAUUAUUUGCGUUUAAGUUUAUCCCAUUUAAAAAAAAAAAUCUGAAUGUGUUACUGCACGCUGUGCCUUUAACUCUCUGGAGCUUUGCCAAUAUCUCUCUUUAGUGGUUGUGUGAUGGUAUGUGGACCAAUAACAAGCUUGUUGCACAGAAGAAUAAAGUAAGGAUUUGAUCCUUUUCACAGUAAA